CUAAGCAAUACGUAAUUUGGUGUUAACCCAAAAUAGCAAAUGGAGAAUCACCUUCUCAUUGCUACUUUGAUCAGCACAAGUCUUGUAUUUGCUUGUUACAUUGUUUUCAUGGUUGGAGAAACAUGUUCUCGAGACAUUAAUGAUUGUGACUCGGGAUUGCAAUGCUUGGAGUGCAACUCGCAAAAUCGGUGUACACGAAUUCAAACCAUAAGUCCUAUUUUAAGGGUGAAGGAUCUCCCAUUUAAUCAAUAUUCAUGGCUUACAACUCAUAACUCUUUUGCAUGGAAGGGAGUGAACUCAAGUUUUGGUUUUCCAAUUUCAGCCAUCAUGAACCAAGAAGACUCCAUUACAGAUCAACUCAAAAAUGGUGUAAGAGGAUUGAUGUUGGAUAUGCAUGAUUACAAAGACGACAUUUGGUUAUGUCAAGGGCCAUGCUUUAAAUACACAGCUUUUCUACCAGCCAUUUAUGCUCUAAAAGAGAUCAAGGCAUUUCUUGUAACGCACCCAGCACAAAUCAUCACCAUUUUCAUUGAGGAUCAUGUAACAUCACAUAAUGGUGUGAAAAAGUUGUUUAAUGCUGCUGGGUUGACAAAAUUUUGGUUUCCAAUAUAUAAGAUGCCCAAGAAUGGUGGUGAUUGGCCAACAGUCAAAGAAAUGAUACAUAGGAAUCAUAGACUAAUUGUGUUUACUUCAAAUGCUACUAAGGAGGCUUAUGAAGGAAUUGCAUAUGUGUGGAAUUAUGUUGUAGAAAAUGAAUAUGGACAUGGUGGGAUGAAGGGAGGUUCUUGUUCAAAUCGUGUUGAAUCAUUUCCAAUGAACACAACCUCAAAGUCACUAGUCCUAAUGAACUACUUUCGGAAUGUCCAAAAUUCUAAAGAAGCGUGUAAGGAUAACUCAUCUCCAUUGAUUAGAACGAUGAAUAUGUGCUUCGUAGCUGCAGGUAAUCGAUGGCCUAACUACGUUGCUGUUGACUUUUACAAGAGAAGUGAUGGUGGGGGAGCCCCAGAAGCAUUAGAUAUGGCAAAUAAGAACUUGCUUGAGACGUGACAAAACAAGCUCUUUGCAAUCAUCUGGAAGGUUUAUAUAUAAAUAUAGUUUUCAAAGCCUCAAGAGUGUGAAACCCAAGGAAAGAAGCUUAGUAUGACUAGAGUAAUGAUGAAGAUAUGUAGUCAAUGCUUGGCACGAACAAUCCAAAGAGAAGAUUUUUAAUUUGUUUGGCACAUCCUCGUUUUAAAAUUUAGGACAGUGCAUAGUAUUAGAGUUUGGGCGCUUAUCAUGAUUUAAUGAAUUUCUGUAGUAUUUAGAGGGGCCUUUUUUGUAUAUUUUGAGUGACUAGUCAUUAAUUUUCUAAAGAAAGUUUACAUAGGAACUUGACACAUCUGAGUCUUUGGAGCUUCUCAGUACAAGUUUUACCCAUCAUCAUUUCCAUAUUUGUAUAUGAAUAUCUAGAAUGAAGAUGAAUGACUAAGUUCUCUUUGUUGGGGUUUUGAUGUAAUUAAAUCAAGUUUUAUGUAAAUAUUUAUCUUUUCUA